UACAUACCACUCAAAUCCCUUAAGUAAGGUGAGGUUACAUUUAGAAGUACCUGUACAUCAUGUCCCUAAUCCCAUGUAUCUCUAUAGUGUGUUAUUGAAAAAGUCUCUAUUAUUUGGCUUAAGUGUAGUGAUUUGUAGGGUAAAUUGUGUGACAGAAAGUAAAUGCGUUAUUCCCUUUUAUUUUCUAAGGAAAAUGGAUAUGAAUAUUUGUCGUGGUGUAUUACGACAAAUUUUAGAAGUAUCACUAUUUUAUUUGCUAUUUAUUUGCACAGUGGUAAAUCUUUACUUGCCUCAAAAUGGCAUAGCGAUCGUAUGUUUUUUUGAGAAAUUAGAUUUCAAUUACCGAUACAAUAUGAACCGAGCUUGUACGUUACGCGAAUGACUUGGUGACAUGUGGCGAUGACUCACGUUAAUUUGUGUUUCGAUUGGCGACUAAAAAUAAAAUAAAAGGAUCACAGAUGACUCAUAAUACAACUGUAUGCUCUCGCCUGAACAGUAUUGAUUAUUAUUUAUUCACCAAUUUUGCCGAUUGCUCUCCCAUUGAUCCCAGUAGCCGUCGGCGAGGAAAGCAGCGUCGGGAAACGGGGAUCGUUUGGCUCCGAGGUGUCUAACGCCACCCUGGUCGCAUCUUUGAUUACGGCUUGAUUGAACAGACGAUCGUCGCACAAGGAUGGCUGCGGCCGACUACCGUAUGGGUCAGAGAGACGGCUCCGAUCAGAACUUCGACUACAUGUUCAAGCUUCUGAUCAUCGGCAACAGCAGCGUGGGCAAGACCAGCUUCCUGUUCCGGUACGCCGACGACUCCUUCAGCAACUCCUUUGUGAGCACGGUGGGCAUUGAUUUCAAGGUGAAGACCGUCUACCGGAAUGACAAGCGGAUCAAGCUUCAGAUCUGGGACACAGCAGGACAGGAGAGAUACAGGACAAUCACCACGGCCUACUACAGGGGAGCCAUGGGCUUCAUCCUCAUGUAUGACAUCUGCAACGAAGAGUCUUUCAACGCCGUGCAGGACUGGGCGACUCAGAUUAAGACGUACUCCUGGGACAACGCCCAGGUGAUCCUGGUGGGAAAUAAGUGUGACAUGGAUGACGAGAGGGUGGUGGCCCCAGAAAAAGGCAAACAGCUGGCCGACCAGCUGGGGUUCGAGUACUACGAGGCGAGUGCCAAAGAGAACAUCAAUGUGCGGCAGGUCUUCGAGCGCCUCGUGGACAUCAUUUGCAUCAAGAUGUCAGAAAGAGUGGACACAGACCCGGCCAUGGUGACUGGGGCGAAAACCACGAAGCUGACGGACAAGCCGACCCAGCUACCUCAGAACUGUGCCUGCUGAAGCUGCCCUCUAGCUCUCUCUUCCCAGCGCUUCACCUUGCCCCCAUGACAUCAUUCUUCUCCUCCCAUCUUCCAUCAGCCCAUCUACUGCUGGUCUUACUCAUGCAUUACCGGUGAUUUCCACUGCUCACUGCUAAGGUCUGUCUCUGGGUGAUCCAGUGUGACUGCUGACUUUCGAUGCUCGGCUGCCAAACCUGGGCACCUUCAGUAGGGGCAGUGGCCGAGUCUAGAAUUGCAAUUUGGUUGGCAUCGCAGUGUCAGUAGUAUCAGUAGUACCCUAAAGAAGGCAACACAACUUCAAAAGCGAUCAGAGAUUUAUUGCCGUGGAAAUGGAGAAGCCUUCAUUUACUGGCAUGGUGAGAUUAGCUUCUUUUGCUUUAAAACGACCUCCUUCUCAUGCCUGAAAGGCAGGCAAGGUGUCCAGCUCUCUCACUCAGAACUCCCUAAGAGUGUUAGAUAAGAAGCAGAUUGAAUCCCUAUUGAUUUGCUUGUCCUGAAUCAACUGGUUCACUCUGCUGUUUUAAAUGCUAACAAGAGCCAGUGAGAUCCAGGAUAACUGAGGACAGAAUAAAACAAGGAAAUGCACAUUAAUGAUCACAAACUGGAGGAAGCCCCAUUCCAGAGUCACACCGAUUUCUUGCACCUUCAUGGAGGCCCUAUUCCAGAGUCACACCGAUUUCUUUAUCUGUGGGGAAACACGCUGUGUGAAAUAACAUGGCAGGAGUUCUUAGCGCUGUAGGCCGCCAUCGUGUUAGCAGUGUGCAGCAAGGAAAUCGCCUGGGAAAACCCCCCCAAGGUGGCCAGUAAAUACACCAUGACUGAGGCCGUCCUUUUCAAGUUGACCCCACUGUUCAAGGUGCAUUUGAUGAGCUGAUCAUACGUGCUGAGUUCUGAUGACAAACCGCUGCUUUUGAAAUGUCCAGCACCUCGUGACAAAAGCUCGUUUGGAUGUUCACACACUUUGCACACAGUACACAAAGGUUACAUUUGGUCAGUGACUAUAUCGUCUUGUAUGAGUACUGUUUACAAAUAUGUAGUAUGAAAAUGUGCUUCAUAGGAGAACAUUGUAUUUGGUGGCUGUAUAAACUACGUGCAAUCGUGUGGUAAUGGAGUCGAGUUUUGCAAUAUAUAUUCACACUUUUGUGUUUUUGGUCACAUUUAAACUGGGACCACUGAAAUACAUACUGCUUUUAGGGAUGUGUUUUUAUUAUUCAGAAAAAAGUACGAUAGACGUGAUACGUAUAUUUAUUAUAAAAGAUGCACAACACCCAAGUAACAGCUAAAUGUCUCAGGAUAUUGAGAGUACUGGUGACUGGGAAAAGUGACAUGGUUAUAUUUAAAACUAUUUCUAUUCUAGUAAGUCACUUGUUUUAAAGAAUAACCUUCCCCACAGGCACAAUAUUAAAGAAUCAAUGUUAACUAUACUGUAACAAUGACAAUGUCUUGAUGUAAUUAUUUUUUUAAUGAAAUGGUGUUAAUGUUAGAAAUUAUGAUGGAGUUACAUGUGUAUUUAUUUUUAAAGCUUUAGGUUUAAUUAAUUAUAACAAUGUAUAGUACAUGUUGGCGUUUAUUACUAUAUUAUGGUUAUAUCCCAUAAUAGCAAAAUAAAAAAAUUGCACAAAGCACAAAUUAAUGGUACAAUUGUUGUGUAACUGGCCACUUUGAAUGUGUAUGGUUUAAUAAAAUGAUUUUUUUCUUGA